GGGUCGUCAGCUCUCAGGUAGUGCUAUGAAAUUCCUCGCUUCGCUUGCGAACUCGACCUGUCUUUGUUCUCCUUUUCACCAACAACUCGCGGUUGAACUGUCCAUGCCUGGACGCAACCUGUGAAGCGCUACUUCCUUUUGCCGCGUCCGUUACGCAUUCCUUGAAAGUUCCAAACCACUUACAUCGGAUGACGACUUGACCGCCGUGCGUCUCACCCGCAACCACCAAACACGCCAACAACGCCAUAAAGACCGACCAUUACCCGGAAGGACCGUGAUUUACACCUCUGCCGAUCUGACCCCUCCGAUUCCCACCCUGAUAGUCCUGAUAGUCCCGAUAAUCCAGCUCCCGCCGCCUUUUGCCGACAACUGGACAGCCCAGAGCCCACCGCCACGGCAUUCCUUACCUUACGCUACCUACCUUACACGUAGUACAGCAUCGCGGUUCGACAUCAGGCACACGGUCCGGUUCGAUAUCGCGAUUGACGGGAAGGCGUUCAAAUCCGAACUUCAGGCUUGCCCAGUUUCCACUGCCGACCCGCCCUGUCCGUCUGACAGCUGCACCUGUCCCACUGAAGGAGGGUCCUCAGCUCGCUGAGAUUGCGGGUACCUGCAGCACUGAGUGCAUCUGCAGUGGGUGAUUGCCAGCGCCGGCCCGGUGCACUGGCUUCGUUCGGCCUGGCAGAUCCGUUCCCAAAUUGGCCAUUCCCUUCGACGGAACGUUCACCGUGCCACGCCAUCGUCUACACCUCCACGCGUUCAUCCCACACGCUGCCGUCGCUGUCGAUCGCCGCCACAGAGAAGUCAAACGAACCCCGUCGCCUGCGAGGCCCAUGGGAAGCUCGCAGUUCGGGCUCCUCAUCGGUGCUAUUUUGGAUUGCCUAUCUCAAGUUUGAACCCAGUGGUUUUAUCCACACCACAAGUGCCUAUCAUGGGCCGAUCGUCACUCCUCAGUCCGGAUGGCCAGUUUCCCAUCGUCCUGAUUCCGGAUAAUGAAGGGACCGAGGACGCAGGGACAGCCACCAACUCGGACGCAGAACCAACCGAGUCGUACAGGCACAGAAAAAAGUUAAACUACGGGAACGAACGACAGCAGCGCCAGCAGCCGCAGCCACAAGCGCAACCGCGACCACCACCAGCGCCCCGUCAUCCCAUUCCGUUCAUGCAAGAAGCCUUUGCAGAAUCCCUAUUCGAAGCCACCCAGGGCGGUGCGACCCCAAAACCCAAAUUGCGUACCGGCGACGCCAAAACCCGUCGAGAGCAGUUGUUGGAGCAAGACAAGUCGGCCGAGCCCCCAGCGGCCCAAUGGCGCUAUCGUCCGGGGCAACAAACGCAUGAGCUGCGUCGACUAAUGUCACAAAUCUCCUUCGGCGUUUAUCUUUUGCUCAACGGGAUGGCGAACAGUCAGAUGUCGGUCGUGACAAUUCUCCAAGGGCAUAUCGACGAGGUGGAUGAGUUUCUGGAGACGGUCCUAGAGGAUAUUGGCUUAGCAACCGAAGAUUUGAACGAGCGCAUCAUUCAUCUAAGGUUGCCGAUGGAUAACAUGGAGUUUUUCGAGCAGAUGCUGGAGGAUCGCAACUUUCGGCUUAGAAUUAUCGAAGGAAACGAGAAAAUCGAGCAUAUCGUGGCCCGGACACAGGUCGCCCUUCAGCAAAUCAUGAAUGAUAUUACCGAAGGGCUGGAGUCUACGAGGGAUUUUACUAUGUAUCUGGCGGAACAGCAGCACGGUCGCUGGCGGAAAGAGCGCCCAGACGUAAUCGACAUAUUUAAUGCAAUGAAGGGAAAUACCGAUGGGUGGUUUCAAGCGUUUAUGGACUUGGAAGAGAAGGGCAAUGCUCUAAAUAGAGUAAUUGUCCAGUUGAUUGGCAUCAUUUCCGAGAUGGAGCGGAGGGCGGGUGAAGUGAGCCGAAAGACACGAUUCACCAUCGAGCCUUUCACAUCACCGCGUCAUAGCCCCCAUGCAUCCGACGCAUCCUCGGUUACAACACCCCCGACGUCUCCCAUCGCCAAAACUCCAAAUACACCCCCUCGCUUAUCGUUGCGGCUCAGUUCGAUCUUGGAGGGCAAGCAGUCGUCGCCAACCUCAUACUUCGAUCUAAAAAUUACUCGUACAUCUACGCAUUCAACGUCAAUGGGUGUCCCACCGACAGUCCAAUCGAAGGAUACCACAGAAGAGGAAGGCACAGUGGAGAAUAGUUCAAAUAGGUCUUCAACAGAAUUGGAACUUCCAAUACAGUCUCCGCCCCCGCCAGCCCGAAACUCUCACCGGAUCUCUAAGCCCGCUCCUUCUCAAUCUGCGCUAUAUCAGCUUGAGACAGCUGAGAACAGGGAAGAAAUCAACGAGGAGGAGGAGGAGGAGAAGGAAGAAGGAGAUGGGAAAAAAGAAAAGGAUGGAGAAGAAAAUGAUGAUAAUGAAGAAGAAGACGAAGAAGAAGAAGAGCCGGUCUACCUCCUUCAACCCAAAACGUAUACACCACAAACAUCACCUCUUCCCUCUCCUCGCGUGUUCGACCGCCCGAAGCCGAAGGAUGAACCGGUCAGCUACAAGCCGGAAUUACCGGUGUCCAUCGUUGGAAAGCUGAAGGAACAGACAUUAGAGGCGAAGGCGUAUAGCCAGGAACCGACAUUGGAGGCAAAGGUCUAUACUCGGAAACCGACAUUGGAGGCAAAGGUGUAUAGUCGGGAACCGACAUUGGAGGCAAAAGUGUAUACUCAGAAACCGACAUUGGAGGCAAAGGUCUAUACUCAGAAACCGACAUUGGAGGCAAAGGUCUACACUCAGGAACCGACAUUGGAUGCAAAGGUCUAUACUCAGGAACCGACAUUGGAGGCAAAGGUAUUCAAGACCAUCUUCAAAGCAAAGCCACAGGACGAUACCAGAGUCACCCCAAUUGAGACCGCAACCUUCGAGGCCCAAAUUGGCUCCAGUCGAGACAAGAGACUCCAGACCAACAUCAAAGCAAAGCCACAGAAUUUCGCCCGAAUCAUUGCCAGAGAUUCUGCUUAUGGAUCGGACAUGGAGCGACCACAUGUCAACUCAAUUGCAUCAUUCGAUACAGUUGCCGACUUUCCGCCGCCGCCAGCACUCAUGCAUCCCGGAUUUGUCUCAUCACCUCACUCAGAGAGCGGAAUGCAGUUUUGGCGCCCUGUUCAGGCGAGCCCGCACUCACCUUUGCAACAAAGACCGCACACUUCAGGAACCCAGUAUAGCGCGCAGGGGCAACAAUCGGCCUCAUAUCAGUCGCCAUACCAGUCCCCACAACAACCACUCGGUCACCUUCACCAGGUGCCGCCACGGAACCUCCCUUCUGCUAUGGGCAUGAGCGUGAGGAGCAACAUGACGACAGGAACGACAGCGAGCCAGGAGACCAACAGUGGAAAAUCACUGAAGAAAAAGCGAAGCGCGUUUGGGUGGCUGAAGAAGGCGUUCGCGCUGGAUGAAGAGGAGCGUGCCGCUUUUGAGGCGAGAAGACAGAUGGAGACGAGGAAUCUCUACUAUGAUGGUAGAAGUGCCCAAUUCUUGGACGGGAAACGGAUACAGGCUCCACUGCCUCGUCACCCUGGGCCAUACCAGCAUGGACCGUAUCAGUCUCAACAGUUUCAGCAGUCUGGGCAGUUUCCUCCCGGACAGUUCUGAGAUCUUGAGGGGAAAACGAAGGAAAGAUAGGAAAAGAAAGGAAAAGACGGAAAGUGGCAGGCAUGAGGCUGGCCAUCCGGGGCUAAGGAACCCAAGUCCAUAUGUGAUGAAAGCAACUUUGGUUACUUGUAAAGGUUGCUGGAUUACUGUGACCUCAUUGAGCGGCAAACGAGAUGGGCAUCUUCAUACUUGUUGAAGUCGAAGG